GUUGAUCUCGACUUGGGUCAAGGAGGAGUGUACGAAAACCAACCAAUUCGACUGCCCAACGUUAUCCGUCAUGGUGAACUGGAGGGUUCUGAGCCAGUUAUUGAUCUGUCUCAGGCGAAUACAGUACGCGUCGGCCUUGAGCGCAUCAAGGCGCUUCAGGAGGAGAAGAAAAACUGGAAAGGUGAAAAUAGGCAGAACGUUUGUCGAGGGAUUGGCUUCACUUUCCUGCUCAUGGGAAUCAUGACAACUACUAUGACAGACGACUUCGGACUAGGUGCGUUCUACAUGGUCGUCAAAGAGACGAGUUCGUAUCUUGUUUUUCAGCAGAACGUUUGUCGAGGGAUUGGCUUCACUUGUCUCUUUGACGAGUUCGUAGCUUGGUGCCGCAGAAUGGCAAGUCUCACUGAUGAUGCCGACUACGAUGCCGGCGAAACGUCUGAGAAUGUAUCAAGUCCACAGGAUGGCAAGGCUCACUGA